AUGGCUUCAUUAAAAUAUACAAUUCUUUCUACGUCUACAAAUGACAGAGAAACUUUAGCUAAUAGUAUUACUUAUAUUCAAUUUCCUACUAAUGACCAUAUUUGGAUAGUGCAGAAUCCAAAAGCAAAUGAGACAAUCGAAAUCAAAUUUGAAAUCCCUUGUAAAAUCAAGGAAUUUAUUAUUUGUAAAUAAUUGUCAUUAAAUUUAGAUACAAAAUCAUGUUCUUAAGUAAAAAUAUCUUUAUACAAUUAUACAGAUGAUAAUGUAAAAAUCUAAUAAAAACAAUUAGAAAAAGUCAAUUUUAUGACUUAAAACUCUUUUAAAAAAAUACAAAACCCAGAUUUCGAAGACAACUUUUAUUAAUAUGCAGAAAUUACAUUUUUUAGUUAGAAUGAUGAAUUAUCCAUAAAAUAGUUAUAGGUUCUUGGAUAAUCAAGUUUAAAUUAAACAAUGUCAUAAUAUUCAUUUUAAUCUGAAACCAUUCCUAUUAAAUAGCAAUCCAUUUAAUCAUAAUUUGCCUUGAAUAAAUCAUCUGAGAGAGAAUCCUUAUAAAUAAAAUCUGAUAUAAAAAUAAAUCCAAUCAAUUAAAUUAGUUAAAGAAGUGCUUAAAUGGUUUAAAAAUCAUAGUAAUCUUCUUUGUUUAUUAAAACUUAAUAAUAAAAAAAACAAUAAAAUAUUGAUAAAUAAAGUGAAGAUGCUUAAUUAUUAAGAGCAUUUGAAGAGAGUCUUAAAAAUUAUAAAAAAGAAUUGUUAAAAUAAGAUUAAUAAGAACUUGAAAUUGAGAAAUAAAUUGAUGAGAUGUAUUGUGAGGAAGAAAAAGAUAACAAUAAUAAAUAAUAAAAUGCAAAAAAUUUACAUGAUUCUCUAAAUAAACAAUUAGAUGAAGCAUUAGUUUAACAAUAGAGAUUUUCAUAACCAAAAUAGAUAAUUAAAUAGUAAUUAUUUUAAUCAAUCAACGAAGAGAAUAAGAAUAUGAUUAAAGUUCAAAUUAUGAAUGAGAAUUAAAUGGUCGAGUAAGAAUAUGAGGAAAUGAUUUAGUAUCAUUCAACUAUGAUUAAUAAAGAUUUUGUAUAAUAUCAUAAAGCAUUAGAAGAAUCCUUUUUUAAGGGAACAAGUCUAUUCGAAUACAUGAAUUAAUAAUUUAAACCAUUAUAAUAUUAACAUAUCUAUAUUGUUAAAGAUACAUUGACUGAUUUUGAAUAUAAAAGAUUAGAAUUAAAAGUAAUUAAUUUUGGAGGUACAGUUAGUAAAUAGGUCACUAACAAGACAACAAUGAUAAUUUCUGAUAAGCCUAUUCAAUUAGAUAAUAAGUAUAAUAUGAAUAAUAAAAGUUAGAAAAUUUAAUAUUUAUGUCUUGAGUACUAAACUACUGGAAUCUUGUAGCAUUGAUAAAUGGCCUCAUUUUGAAAAGUAUGAAGUGAGAUGA